AUGAACGCACCUCCACCUCAACAAGGUCCACCAGCGCCCACUGCCGAACAGCUCGCCAUCACUGAUGCAGAGUUCCAACAAGUGCCGCUCGCGCUCGAUCCUGAAUCGCACACGCUGCACACGCCCGUCCCGGAGCUGGACUUGACCGUACUCAACGCGCUCAUCCGGUCGCUGCAAGGGCUCCCACCCAACGUCGCGUUUCCUCCUCCUCCCAACGCUAUUGCGCCGCAACGAAGCAUGGCCAUCAAUCAGGCCAAGGAACAGGGCAACGCGGCGUAUCGAAACAGGGAUUGGGCGGAAGCCGUCAAGAUGUACACGCUCGCCAUCGACGUGGCUGCCUCGCGGCCGCUGUGGGAGGCCAACCAGGUCGCACGUGACGAGCUGAGCCUCUGUCUCGCCAACCGAUCAGCAGCAUUCGCCAGCUGCGAGGAUUGGAUCGGCGCCCUCUGCGAUGCCGAGGCAGUGACCCAGUUGAAGAAACCCUGGGCAAAGGGUCAUUAUCGAAAGGGAAAAGCGCUCCUAGGUUUAAAGAGGUGGAAGGAGGCAAGAGACGCUUUCGAGUUGGGUCUGCAGUUCGAUCCCGACAACGCCGAUCUCAAAACCGCCCUGAAUGAGCUGCCGAGGGACAAGAACCAGCUUUGA